AUGAAAGGGUGGUAUAAUUAGUAUAUUAUUUCAUAAAGAGUACAAGGAAAUGAUGAUAAGGUUAGAAAAAUAAGAUUAUUUGAAAAUAAUGAAUAUUUAAAAACUUAGGAAAUAAAAGAUCAUCUUGAAUAUGUAUUUCCUUAAUCUGAAUGUUUCAGCUUGGCUUAAUUAAUAGAAUCAAUGGUAAAUUGUAUUAUUAUAUUAAGCAAUGCAAUUUCAUAAAAAUUUAUAAAGGAUAGGUUUUAAUAAUUAUUUUAGAAAUAUUAAAACAUCUUUAAUAAUUACAUUAAUAGAAAAUGUCACAUGGAAGAUUAAAUCCUUAAAAUAUUGUUAUUAAAUUAAAAAAUGAUAAAGAUAAUAAAUUAACAAUCUAAUAAAAAAAAUUUACAAUAUAAAGAGUGCAGUUCAUUAAUUAUAGAAUUAUUGAUGAUGUUAAAUAUGAAAUUAAUUAAAUUUAAGAUAAUUAUGAUAUUAUUAAUUGCUGUAUUUCAUUGAUAUCAACAUAUUAAAAAUAAAUGUGUGAAUUAUUCAACUUUAUUAUUACUAAUUUAAAAUUGUAUUAAAACAGAGUGAUUGAAAUAUCUUAAUUAGUUGACUUUUUUAAUUUAUAUAUUCAAGAGUAUUUAAUAUAAUUAUUUUAGAUGUGUAGAUUAAUAAACUUAAAAAAUCCAAAAAAAUCAAAUUUAUCCUUCUACAAUAUUUUAAUAAAAUGUUUAAACUGUUCAAUGUAAGGAAGGAGAAGAAUAUGGUAUGUUAUCAAAAAGAUAGAGAUGUUCAACUAUUCUUUCAAAAUUUUUGGAAACAUUUAGUGGUCAAUUAGUUAAUAAUAAAUUAAAAUAUCAGAAUAAUUCUAAUGAAUAUGAUAUUGAUGAAUAAUAGGUUGAAAUUAUUGACAUUGGAAAUUAUAAUUAAGAAGAAUUAUAGAUAUUUUAUGUUUUUGAAUAUAUUUUAAAAUAAUAAAUGAUGAAAAUAAUUUGGAAACAUUUCGGAAACUUUUUUGAAUCUACCAAAUAAAAUAUUGAACAAAUUUAUAUUGAAGUUAUUAAAAUCAUAAAUUAAAAUAAUCAAAAAAUUUUAAAUGAUCACUUCAAACCUAUUUUAGAAGAAUAUUAAAAUAGUAAAAAAAUAAAUGAUGAAAUCAAUAAAGAAAUUGAUUAGAAUUACAAAUUUAAUAUUUAAUAUGAUGAACAAAAAGCAAAAGAUCAUUUUUUUUUACAAUUGAAGAUUUAAGCAUAAAAUUAUGAUAUUAAUAAUAUUUAAUCUUUCAUUGACAACAUCAAAUCUUAAGUUAAAUAAUCAUUAUAAGAAUACUAUGAUGAAAUAUUAGAAUAUGAAAUAAUAUCCCUUAAUUUUGAUUUAAUUUGA